UUAAAUAGAGCUGCAAAACACACCCACCAAGUAUUUGCCGGAGAGGUAAGAUACAGCAAGUAAAGCACAGUCAAGAGUGAAGACAAUGUUUGCGAAGCAAGUCUUCGGUUACUUCGCUUUUCAGGUGUUAUUUUUGCAGCUCACUACAGGUAAAUGUCUAAGCUAUUGAAUGAUUCUUGACUACUGAUUUCUUACAGUUUCUGCAACAGAAGAAACAUUUUGUAAAACAACUUGAUUAUUUAUUCACGUUGCAUUUAGAAAAUGUUCAGGGAGGUUCUACCUUUUUGAACUGUCAGAAAUGACCGCGAACCCACAAAUUUAAGAAAGUAGAUGAUAGUGAAAAAUGUCUUAACUUUAUGUGUGUAUCCGUUCUUAAAUACGAAUGAUUCCUUGGUAAAGGUUUGUGUUAAGGUCCAUUUCAUUUCACUUAUGAACUGGGACAUGAAGCAAUCCCUUGGAGUCAAUAUGGAGUGGUUACAAUUAGGUUUAUUUGUCUGUGCAAUGACUGUAUACAAGGUCGAUGAAAGGGAACGCAUACAGAUGACAGGGUAUUACUUCAAUGCAAUUAAAUGAUAUUUGUCUUUAAAAUACUUUUAACUUUUUUUGCAUGUAUGGUAUUCAAGCGUAUGUCUUUCAAACUGGGAAGGUGAAUAUUUCCGACACAUCCCAAAACAACCAUGGCUGCCAGACCGUUUCUUUCAAUACUCAGUUCCAGGGUUCUGGAGAUGUAAAGGUGUUUGCAACGCUUAGCCACGGAAGCGAACAUGUCAAAAUCCACGACCCAGCGUCUGUUUGGGUGAAGUCAGUGUCCACAUCUGGUUUUGAUGCCUGCGUUCGUGAAGCAGGCAGUGGUUCUGGAGGCGCGUCUGUGAUCAACUGGCUUGCAUUUCAAGGUUCGCACCAAGGUCUUGAUUCGGGAAUCGUUGAAUUUGAUGAAUUCACCUCAAGAACCCAGUGCAAGAGGAUAUCGCUUAGUAUUCAGAAUAAGGUGAGAUGGUAAAGUAGGUGAAUUCAAUCAGUCACUUUAACAUACUUACAGGUGACAAACAAUACAUCCUUACUUGGACAAAAUCGAUCAGGCAUGGAAGAAGGGGCCUUAAGCCUAAAGCUACAUGUAGAAUCGAGAAUUCGGAAGUCCCAUGCUUUACUGUCAUAAUUAGUCACUUAGAAGGAACUUUGAAAGUGUCACAUCAGGGUUAUGUAGAAUCCCAGACCUUACAUUUCAUUCUUCUUUUUUUUUCUGUGACAUAGAUAAUUCUUCUUUUGUUACACUCUGUCUUAGGCGAGACCCCAAGUGUUUGUGACUGUUCUACAUAAACAUUCCGACCGACCAUUUGACUCCAUGAACAUUUGGCUAGAGGACGUCAAAAAGGAUAGUUUUGUGGUUUGCUUGAGGGAGUUUAUGAGCUUUGACGGCAUCCAUUCAGGUCUUAAAGUGGUAAGUUGAGAUUAGAGAAGUCUGAGGAGACUAGUCUUUAUUGCUCUAUUCACGAAAUUACCACGGAGGGUUUGUGUGGCAAAGAAGUCCACCUUUGGGUAACUAAAGGGUGCGUUCCAGUACAUGUGGCAUCACACACUACACUUCUAUGUACAGUAAAUUCUAUAUCGUGCUUCUUCUCCAACUUGUAUUACAAAAAUUAAUAUAUCAAAAACAACAGUGGAAACAAGAAAAUCGUUUCAGUUAAUGUCUUAAGUGCUAGUUUAUUUAGGUUAGAUGUACCUGUUCCCAAUGCUUUUUGCAGCACUUCUGUCUGUCGGAACUCCCCAUCUCAGGACGAAGAAUAAUGAUAAUAAUCGUCCGCAAAUCUGCAAAUAAAUUUGUGUGUAUUCUCUUUUUUUAAAAGAACUGGCUUGCGUAUGAUGUGCUCCCGGCGUUUUGGAAUAUUACUGAAAGAGGAAAGCUUCAUUUUUCUGGACUUGGUGCACCAAAGAAAGAAAACAACUAUGCUUUUUGUCAGGUUGGAAAGACUAACGGUCUUCUACAUGUAUGAGCCUCUGUUUAGUUUAGUACGGCUCAAGGGAAAACGUGUAUCGCCUAUUUCUAGGAGAGACUAUAGCAGUCUGUUUUUAUAAUAAAUGUACGGUUAUCAGUGACAAAAUAGGGUUUAUCGUAUCGUUGAUCCUGAUUUCUGUUGUACACCUGUAUUUGAAUUGUACAAAAGUGCAUCCACUAGCAGUCUUUAUAACCUUGAUGUUGCACUAUAAUCUCUUUUAUUUAUUUAUUUAUUUAUUUUAGAAAACUUGCAGAACUUUGUUCUAUUUGGAAUAAGAGAAAAAAAGCUGUUGGAGGCAGGCAGUGUACAUGAACUGAUGCGUUUUAAGACAUUUUUAAAUGUCUUAAAUGUUAAACAAGAAAAUUACAGAAAGGUCUUUGAAUUACAAUACUUUUUCUUAAACCAAGGUCGGAAUAAGAAGGUGAUAAUCUUUGAAUAAGGCUUUAUCAAUGCAUUUUUUGUGUAAUUUUUUUUUUUUCAGGAUUAUAAAUUCGAAAAUCCAUUUUACGAGCCUCCUAGUGUCCUCACGUCUGCCAGACAUGACAACGUUACCAGUGCUCUGUGGAUAAAGGCUGAUGGUCGUCUGAGCAAUGCUUUUAAAUGUUUGGAUCGAGGUAAGUAAUUUUCCAGGCCAUAUACAGCCAUUUAUCUUUCCUUAUUUAUUGAAACUGAUUUUAGAGUUCUUUUUUCAAUUGCCUCCACACUCCAAGUAACUGAGUAAAAAUGAAUUAAGCGCUCGAAGUGGCUGCACCGCUUUUAUAUUUAACUUAAUCAAAUUCCUUAGUCAUUACAGUAAUUGUCGUUUCAACUAUGGUUUUGUACCGAGAAAUUUAUUAUUAUUAUUAUUAUUAUUAUUAUUUCAAUUGUGGGCUAGAAAAAGAGUGGCGAAUAAAAGAACUUCAUUCAAUUUCAGUAAAAUUGAUUUUUCUCGAAAAAAUUGACUGAGAUAAGUGUAAAAAGUUUUUUUUCUGCACAUACUUUUCUUGCGUUUGUACUUCUUACACCACAAAAGAAAUACCCACGCCUUAAAAAUCUAGGAACUAGAAACGUAAUUAAUACGCAGAAAGCUCCACUUCUUUUUCAUUUUACUUGGAUAGACUAAGGAAAUUUUUGAACAACGCGAUACUAAGUUGUAAAUUUAAUAUUUAGUUCAUUGUUUAGGAAUUCUACAAAUUUUUUUGUAACUUAAGUUUGACUGGAGUUGUAGUAAAUUGAUCGAACUGAACAGUAUUUCUUGCUAAAUUUGUAGCAGUUAUAACUGAAUGAAUUUGUUAUCUUCUAGGAAAUCACUCGUUUGUCUUUCAAAGUGUGCAUCAAGGACAGCCAGGGAAUAAGCAAGUCUCACGAUCCAGUUACAGUAGACUAUGCAAUUGUGGGAGGUAAUUUGUUGUUUCCAUUGCAUCCAGAAAAAUAAGAUCAGAAAAGUUUCAAAAGAAAGAAAGAAAAGAAAAACAAGAAAGAUAAGUUUUUGGACAUAAUUAUAUACACGUAGUGAAAGUCUUAAAAAUGUAUUGUCUUCUAUAAUUCUUCUGACUUAAGUCUAGGACCGCAUGCCGAAUGGAGUAAUAUUUUUCCGAAAAAUGUAUAUUUAUUUUAAGCACUUCAUGCUUCAGUAAGAUUUCUGAUAGGAGUUUAGGAAAAAAUUGGUUAAAUUCCUGUCGUAAGAAGUGAUUUUGUAUUUUUUCUCAAAGAUAUUGACCCGUGCACAAAUGUUACUUGCGAGUACCAUGCCAUCUGCAAAGCUUUCUCUGCAUUUGAUGCUCGUUGUGUAUGUGAUGACAACUGCCCGUCGUACGAAGAGCCCGUAUGUUCAUCUAACUCGACAACAUUCAAGAACAAGUGCUUUUGUCUGCUGGACAUUUGCAAACGCAAAAAGUAACCACACGCUUUAUCAUCCUGGCAGCUGUACAGGUAAAAUUUUUAGCUUUUUUUUACCUUACUUCUUUGUUGCCAACUACAAAGCAUGAGACGAUCUACUAGGCCUGACUAAGGAUUAAGUAUUGCUUUUGUUUCCGCCUUUUUAGCACAAGUUCCUCUUCUCGCUCUAGCCCUCCCCACAAACACACACACACACACACCAUCCCUAUAGAUGAGUUGUAAGAUGGGUCCAUUACCACGUUUUUAGCUCUUGAUAUCACUUUGUUUUGGUUUGUUAGUUUGUUUGCCUAAUUUGCCAAAUGCGUACUUACCAAUUGGAGGUAUUACUUUUAUAGGGCAUUUACACCUGACAUUGAAGCAAAAACUACUUGUUCCUCUAUCCUUCUUUGUUCUAACUUUUUUGUAUUUGUACAUUUCCUCUUGCCUCCACUUAGGCUUUCCUGCUCAGACCGGGCGGGUUUCACUCGUAAGACAUGUAAAAUCGGCUGAGACGGCCUGUAAAGUGGUGGAAUUUCCGCCAUUCUCCUUCUAUCCAGACAAAGAGGUACACGUGCAAUUAACGACCAAUCACUGGAACAUAAGCAGGAAAAAUUUUAUACAUGACGCCACAGUUUCAUGGGUACACACCGUUAACUACAAAAACUUUGAGGUGAAUAUUGAAAACAAUGUUUUAGUUUAUCCUAAAGGACAGCGGUCUACCAAGUGAUGAUAGUUACUAGGUUUAAAAAUUCGCAUACUCGUCUUGUAUCUUUUUAUAAUUAAUUUCUCUUAUCCCUUUUAUUGACGAUUUGUGAAAAAAAUCGUCCUUUAAUUGCUGAGUCAGACGUAAUUACUGUUUAAUUACUGUUCUUUAAUUCCUGUUGUGCUUCGGUAAUUUUAUAACUUGUACCACUUUUAUCAUUUUAAUAUUGCUUACUCUGCAUGUCUUGUUUAUUCUCAAAAAUUAACAUUACACAUACAUAAACAUACAUAACUUGGUAUCAGAUGUUAUUUUUAUACCGGGGAAGCCCUGUGAAUAUGUAGCCCUUAGCUUUUGCAAAUGUUAUCCAGUGAUUAAAAAAGUAUACCGAGGAAGCCCGAAGAGCAAAAUGUUUGUAUUCUCGAUUCAUCAGUAAUUAAAAACCUGCAAUUACGAGGUAAAAUCUCAAUUAACCAAAUAUGUGUUGAAUUGUAUCUUUAGGUCUGCGUGACAGCAGCAGGACGGAAUGACCGCUCCUUGGCUUACCAAGGAGCACCUGAUGGUGGUGUGGCGGGAAAAUCACGCAUUUCAAAGUGGUGGACUGGAUCACAGUGUGAAGAAGUUAACCUUCCCCAGGCAAUUAUCUAUUUUGUUUCCAUUUUCUGGAAUUGCACUUAAGGUAGUUGUUUUUUGGGACCUAGAGGUGGCGAGAGGUCAUGCCACCCUCCCAUUAGUAAUAUCUAUGAUUACGAAUCUUACGGUGUUGGCAGUAAGUCUCGCAAUUUCGAUGCUGAAGUAGGAAAUUGCAUCAUUUUUUCAAUUGCCGCCAUACUGGGUUUUUAAUGUCUUAGGAAGGUGCCCGAUUGUAACGAAAUCAAGUUGUUCAGAUAUUUUGCAUUAUUCUUAAAAACCAUAAAAGUUGUUUUGCAUAGCAAAAAAUAAAUCAACAAAAAUACGAGAUAUCCUAUCAAUGUGAACCACGGUCAAAUGUCUUAUUCUUCAAAUAAUUUCGAUCUAAAAAUGCUUUUUUUCAGGUUGGACUCCAUAGCACAAAGUAUGUUUAAGAUUUUUUUUAUUUCCAGGCUAAACCCUUUAAAAGUGCGAAAACAAGCCUUCAUUCAUGCACUAAAUUUUGUAUACAUGGCAAAUAUUCGUCUUCCAAUUAUGCCUAGAUAGGUUAAAGCAUAAACCAACAGAAACUGAAACGAUGAAACGAAGCGGACAAAACCGGCCUUGUACAACCCAAGGCCAAACUCGUGGGGGCCAGACACUUCACCACCAUACGGAAAGACCAUGUACAAAUCGAAAAAAAGUCGUGUACUUCGUACAUGCAGAUCGUGUUUCAUUCUUUCAUUCUGAUUUUUUUUAAUUCUUUGUUUUGGAUAUGCUAUUUAAAAGUUAACAAUAUUAAUUAGUCUGGAGAUACGACUUUCCAUUCUUGAUUUUCAUUGAUUUUCAUUAAUGGUUGCUUUAUAGGGAAAGUUUGCUACUGCCCCAAGAAUCCUGGUUACAGCACAACAUAUAAGUGCAGCCUUUAAGCACAACGCUGCGAGUUUGUGGGUGGAGAACGCAACCAGUUCCUCCUUUUACAUUUGUCUUCGAGAGCUUCAGAACUAUGAUGGUCUGCAUGAAGAUAUCUUUGUGGUAAUUUUACAUUUUUUUUUCUUAAGAGAUAUACAUUAUGAACACUAAAGAAAAAAGCACAGAAAGCAAGGCUUUAAUGAACCUUGUGUUAAAGAGAAGCGGACAUUAAGGAAGAAGAUAUUCCAUCAGCUGGGGCUGAUAAAAAAUUCCAUAGUCUUAUUUUCAUAUUCUUCUGAGAAAAAGAGCAGCCACUAUAAGAAUAUCGCAGCACUGUGUUUCAAAUUUUAGACUCCAUUUCACAACAAGUGAUUGCUAAUCAUAUCUUCAAUAAUCCAGCCAGGAACGCUUUAGCUCUUAAAUGACUGCCGUUAAAGACAACUAAGUGUUCAGAGUCCUGGAAACGGCCACUCUGUAGCGGAAAAAAACGCUUUUUUAACCAAAUCCAAAUUUUUGGACCUGUUCAGUUUUGACCAAUUGGCACGAAAUUGGCUAAAAAAGAGAUUUGCAAAACCAGAUGCACGUUUUCUUGCUAAUUGGAUGCGUUUAUGCAGCUAUGUUGUAAUACUUUUUCAGAAUUGGAUGGUCUUUGAAACAAUCCACCGGCCCCUUUUUGCCGAGAGCAAACAAGUGAAUUUUCCAAACAACAGCCCUGUUUCUACAAACUACAAUGGUGCAUUUUGUAAGGUAGGAAGCGAGCUCGUUCUGUAACUUUACGAUAAUCCGUUGGCAUGUUUUAUGUUCUUCAGCAAUUUAACAGAUAAAAAAGCUAUGCAACAGGUUUUCCAUGUUUCACAUACUAUGUUGUAAAGCGGUGUUUUCUAUUACUAUCACCACCUUCACAACAGUACUCCUUUUAGGAGGCUCCGGCUUGUGCGAGUGCGGGGGAAAAUUUUGCACUGGCGGCUAUGCCGCCAAAAUUUCCCUCGAACUCGCACACUUGACCCUGCUCGCAGGCCAUUCCUCGAGAAAAAUCGUAGCUAGCGUGGGGGUGUGAUUGAGCAACUAGCUCGCCACACGAUGAGGUACCAGGGAUCUUAUUUACAUCUUGGUCUUUAUUCUUCUUUGACUUAUGCGAACAAUCUUAAUCUUAAUCUUCUUACUCUGCUUCUCAACUCAGUCCUUACUCUGACCUAACUAAGUUUUAGCCGUGGGAUAGCAGCGGUUUUUAUAGCCAAAGCUGGGCAUGUUUGGGUUUGCUGACCGUGGGAAUAAAAUCAAGAUAAACUCGGUGUGGGUAAUGUUUUGUUAUUACUGAACCGACAUGGUUGCGAUCGGCACGAAGCUACAAACUAAUGAAAAACUAAAACGCUGGUUAACGCACCCAAACAGGAACUUCAACGAGACUAAUGAACCAAGGUCAGCUCUAACAUCACAAACACGACCACCUAGCGAGCUAAGCAAAAAUUCAAGUACAUGUAAAAGCAAGUGAUCAAAACAGGAAAACACGUAUGUGGACAAAUCAAGACUAACCUUGACCCACUUAAUGAAACAAAAACGAAACUUAAAAGAAUAGACGGAUCUAAAAAUCAAUUUUCAAUAUACUUCACAAGACUAGUUUUCGACACCUAUCACCAAGUAUCAAAGGAAAAAUAAUAAUUUUAAUUUUAUUUCCAGUAUCAUAUUAACAGCCAUCGUUUUCUAUCCUUAGGAUUUGCAGUUUGCAAGAAAUUACGACAAAGAACCCAUAAUAAUAAUAGCAGCCAGUCACAACUCCGAGGGCAGCAAUCUGAAACCAACACACAUGUCUGUUACUGCAUGGAUUGAGGUAUGGAAAGAUGCAGUUGUUGUAUGUUAUAUUUACGAGUUCAGAAUGCCAAAAAAUAAGUAAAUAAAUAAAUAGGUCAGAUCUGAAAUACCCUUAGGAAGUUAAGCCCUGUAAAAUAAUGUACAUGUAUCAACUUAAGCCAAGGCUUAUUCCGCGUAGAACUUUCAGUUUAUCAACCAUUGUUAUUUAAAUCUAACACAUUGUGUUUCCAAAAGUAGUUUCUCCUGCUCCCUGCAAAUUUCAAGAGUUUCAGUAAUUUCGUGUUAGCAAGAAAGCGACCUUAUGGUAGGCCUUUAGGCGAAAGAACUCAAAACCAGUACGGUAGUCACAUUUUUAUCUUUAUCACUAAAAACAUUUUGUAAAUAAUACAAUUUGUCGAUAUGAGAGUAAAGAAUUGUGAAAAGAAGUUUUGUGAGACCACAUGAUCUCUCACAAAUUCGUCAUUUUUGAUUUUGAGGCAGCCACCAAAACGUCUGAGCGCGCAGUUGCCCAGUCAACGAUGAACUGAGCAAAAAUAUGUUUUCUUCUAUCCUGGAAUGAACACAGUGACACAAAAAUUCCCUUUUUAGCCAUUUUUUUUUUUCGCAGUUUUAGCAUAGAAAUGAAUCACAAGAAAAUUUGCGAACACUUACUCGCAAAUAUCGCAAAAAUAACGAGCGUAACAAAUUUGACAAAAUUCUAGACUCAUAAAGGGAAAAGGCCAAGAAGGGCCUCGAGAAGUCGGCAAAUUUCGCAAAAAUCCAUAACAAUCAAGAGCAAAAAAACCUGACAUGUUACAUCCCUGUUUGACGCCGGUUUUUAUGUCAGACCACUUGCCUAGUUGCCCUUGGUCUUCUACAGCACCCUUGAAGUCUUCAUAGAAUAUUUUUACCAUCCUAAUGAUCUUUUCUUGGACUCCGUAUUUCUUCAUGAUUGUCCACAUGCUUUCUCGGUGCAUAGAGUCGAAGGCCUUUUCAAAAUCUAUGAAGUUCAGAAAGUGUUGCUUGCCACACAUUAACCUGCUCAAUGAUGUUCCGCAGUACAAACCUCUACAAAUACCUGUUCUGUCGUCCCCCUGCCUUUUAUAUAUCCUUCCUGUUCUUAAUUUCCUUAUAUAAUGUGUCAUCGACUUCACUUCUUAUCCUUAUCGAUAAUAAUCCUGAAUAGUAUCGUUCCCACAACAGAGAGUAAGGUUAUGCCUCUCCAAUUCUUGCAGUGUUUGGUAUUUCCUUUUUCUGCUAGUUUGAUGAUGAGCCCUCGCCUCCAACUCUUCGCGAUCUUUUCAUACUGCCAUAUUUUCUUCAUCAGUUGAUAUAUUUUCUCUGAUGAAAACUCUAUGUCUGCUUUCAGUAACUCUGCUGUUAUGGCGUCAUUCCCGGUGCUUUCCCAUUUUAUAAUCCCUUUUUCGCUGCCUUGACUUUGCCUACUGCUAGGUUGUCUACUGCUAUCUCUUCUACUUUGUCAUGGACGUGAUCGUCCCGAUCAUCAGUUAUUGAGUUUGCUGAUGCUUUUCUAUUAAGCACCUCCUUAAAGUGUUACGUCCAUCUUGCCUUUACUUCACUGUUACUACUGAUGAGGGUUUCAUUCUUGUCUAGAACCGUUGUGCUCUAUCUCGAUCUUUCAUUUCAUAACAUCAUUGUAAGCUCAUAUAGUGUCUUAUGUGUUGGCUCCUUGCAGCUUCUUCUGCCCAUCUGCAAUGUUCUCCAUCCACUUUCUUUUAUCCGCUUUUAUACUCUUCUUAACUUCUCUGUACUUUUCUGUAUACCUCGCCCUUAGUUGUCUCUUGACCUUUUCUGAUCGUGUACUGAGAAUCUUUUUAUUGAUUUCCUCCCUUUGCUCUACAAGAUUCCAUGAUGCGUCACUGGUAAAUAGUUCUUCCACUUUCCUGGUCUACCUAGAACUCUAUCUGCAACCUCAGGGUACGCCCUCUCCAUCACUUGAAAGUCACGCUAUAUUUCUUCGUCUUCCUCUAUUUUUAGCCCUUCAUCCUCAAGUACCUGAUAUCUGUUCUUCAGGGCUAUGCUAAAUGUCUUCAAGGUGUUUUCAUUUCCGAUGUUCGCAGACCUGUAAACCCUAGUGUCUUCCACUGAAUUCCUAAAUCUUUUAUUAAUGAGUACGUGAUCUAUCUGAUUCCUGGUUAUCCUAUUUGGCGAGUACCCAUUGUAAUUUACAAGGACAGAAUACCAGAACCAAAAAUCCAAGUAAACCACUUAACACGGUGCGCGACAUAAAACGAACUCGACGAGAAGUGAAGGAAGUAACAUGAACAGAUUUAUUGAACCAGAGAUCAAUGUUCCUAGCCCAGAGGUCACAACUUGAUACAGAAGAAUCGACGGGGUCGAUUGACAAGACAAAAGGUCUUUAAGUUGUGAAAUCGGUACAAGUCGUACAAAGUCGGUUCGAACUGAAAACGAUAAAAUCGAACGAAAACUUAGCUAAAAAAUACAUAGAGUGCAAAUAUAUCUGACUAAAAACCGAUGAUACCAAAUAGCGAACGGGAACUAAAUAACACUAGAAAAUACAUUAAAUCAGCCUAUAAAGUUAUUAAAGUAAUACGACGAUAAAGCUGCUGAUAUCAAUCACUCAGCAUACUCAUGUUGAAGAGUAGCGCAUAAGAACCCUUAAAACCACUGUAGCUCAGUGAUGACAAGACUAAAUAGAUCCCUCGCAUAAACAGAAAAGGUUACAACAACGAUGUUGCAAAUUGAUAACCAAAACUAAGCUCUAUAAUUCCUAUGAUGAAAUCGAUACUGAAAAAACUAAAACAGAAAAGGAAAACUAUACUCACUUUGGUUUACACACACACCAGUGUUAUCUUGAAUCAAAAGCUAUGCUGAACUUGAUAGUUGAUGAGCACGAGUGUAGAUAGAAAUGAAGCCCCAAUGGCUGACAGAAGUUAACACCAUGAAGUCUACACUAGAACUGAACUAACUAAGAUGAAAACGCUAAAUUUGUAAUAAAGAAAACGUGCUUGAAAACGAUCUAGAAAUUAUUACGUAUUUCCCAAGGCGGACAUAACAAAAAAGGGCUGGGAAAGUAGCCGUGGGCUUAUCAAUAAAAAUCAUCAUUUAUGUAGGCGAUAAUCGAUUUAUAAUAACUACCGUAAGCACGUUCAUGCACCAAUAAGGGAUAACGAAAAGAAAUCACGUUUCAAAACCAACACCCAUGUUGCUUUUUGUGUAUAUUCUUAUGAGAGAAGAGUCUCUUUGUUAGACAAAAGACUAAGCAACAAAUAUUACAAAAAUAUAUCAAAUUUAGAAAGAGAAAAGCCAAGAAGGGCCUCAAGAAGUUUGUCAAAUUUCGUAAAAAAUCGCAAAGGGAGCAAAUUUUUUUUGGUUAUUUAAAAUAUCGCAAGAAUAGCAAGAAUAACAAAUUUAAUAAAAUUCUAGACUUGAAAAGAAAAAAGACAAAGCUACAGCCUCAAGAAGUCCGCAAAUUUUGCAAAAAUCGCAAAAACAACAAGAAUAUUUUUUUGUUAUCCUUUAAAAGUCUGAACUUUUGCGCAAAUUGCUAUAUUGCGUAAUUUGUUAGCGUGUUUUGUUUUUGUUGUUGCUGCUGAAUAAAAGUUCUUCUGACUUUUUGCGAUUUUUGCGAUAUUUGCAGGCUUCUAGAGGACCUUCCCUAAUUUUUUCUUCGUAAGUCUUAAUUUUUGCUAAAUUUGUUAUUCGUUUUUAUUCUAGCAAUACUUCGUAGCGUUUAUUUUUGUUGAUGAUGUUUCGCCCUGUUCUUCACAGGCCUUUUUUUCCCGUAGAAAAUGACAUGGGAACGGUGCCCUGGAAAAGAUCCCUCGCUGGAAAUGAGAACUCUCGAUUCGCUUUGUGCUGAGAAAGAGUUUUGCGUUUGAAGCGAAUAUACAUGUCAUAAAUAGGAUAUUAUUUAUUUUGCAGCACAUUAAGACUGGCGAAUUCCGCAUUUGUCUCAAGGAGUUGUACGCAAACCAGCAUGAUCCUGUGAACGUGACCUAUGCAGUACUAGCAGGUGGGUUAGACGGCGGAAAAAAAAUCUUCCUUUGCAAUUACAAUGACCACGGACACUUGAAUUAAUUCAAUUAUAUAAGUUUCAAUUAUUAUCAUUACUAAUAUUAUUAUUAUUAUUAUUAUUAUUACUAUUAUUAUAAAUUUUUAUAAUUUAUUGAUUGAUUACAGUCAAACCCCGUUAAUACCGACACCAAGAUUUGAUUGAACUUCAUUAACUCUUGUUUGUUUAUGCAAAAUGAUCGUUUAUUUCACCAUUGUUUGCCAAAUGAAUAUCAUGAGUACUGAUAAAAUCACCAAGCCUUUUAUUGUAAAUGCGAACUUGGUUUCCCUGUCGAUUACAGGGCACAGUAAAAAGCAAUUAAUUAAUUAAUGGACUCCAGCCUUUUGGAUACUGGCUUAAAAAAUUCUCAGUGAAAAACUGCAAGGGGUGACAGGCUGCACGUCUAUACCUUUAAUGUUUUGGCUCUAACAAGCAUGUCCUUCGCCAUAAUUUUCCUUUCUCAAAGAAAUAACACUUUAACCCUCGGACGUACAAGGGGUGGGGGGUGGAUACCCCCCCCCCUUUAGGUUUUUCUGGGAUUUUUCCAAGAGGAUAAAACAUCAGCACCUGUCGUUUUCAGUAGAUGUUUGUUUAUCCCUCGCAC